CAAAAUUAUGCAUAUCUUUUUACCAUGAAUCCAAUCACUUCUUCACCUCUGUAACAUGUUCUUGUAAGGUGUACGCAAGUUCACCUAAACAGUAGUUGCUAUGUUGUAGUAAACUAGUACGGGACGUGAACCUAUCCUUCACCAACAUGGCUGACUUUCAAGAUGAAUUGUUAGCGUUAGCUGGUGUAGAUGAUGCGGGUUUGGGAAAUGAUCGUAAAAGAUUGCAUGAUGAACUGGACGAUGAUUUGAGUAGUAGUUCAGACGAAGAAAAAGGCGAUGAAAAUGAUUUCAAUUCCAAAAAUUCCGAAGUAAAUGAUAAAGAAAGUGAAUCUGAAGAAGAUUUCGAGGAAAAAUACCAAAAUCCAUAUCUGCUAGAAGGCAAAUUUAAAGAUGAAGCAGAUCGAGCAAGAAUUAUGGCCAUGUCCGAAAUUGAAAGAGAAAGUAUUCUCUUUGAACGUGAAGAAGAAAUAUCCAAAUUAAUGGAAAGACGAGAGCUGGCCAUUCGUCUUCGUCAACAGAAUAAUCAAUAUGCUGCACAGACAACAAGAAAGUCUACUCGUGACAAACCAUUGACCUCGACUGCAGCCGGUAAAAGAGAUAAAUUGACAGAACUAAAGAAAAGGCGCCAAGAACGAACAUUUAAGCCCGACGAACCAACAUUUAAGUCAAAGAAAGAAGGUCUUACGUCAGAUUAUGAAGAGGAAUCCGAAAAAAGUGAAGCAGAAGCUUCUCCUUAUUCUCCUACAGACCUGGAAGGAAAGGAUGAAGUGAAGGUCGGGUUGUCGGACCUGAAUAGUAUUCGCAUGGGUCGUAAGCAUGUUGCUGAAUAUAUGUAUCACCCUACAUUCGAAACCACAAUUACUGGUUGCUUUAUACGAGUAAAAAUCGGGGAAAGAGAUGGUAAAGGCGUAUACAGAUUAUGUCAAGUUAAAGGAAUCUCUGAAGGGCGUAAGCCUUACCGUGUUGAAGGUGUUCUCACAAAAACGUAUCUAGAAUGCUAUCAUGGUAAAUCAAAGAGAGUUUUUGAGGCUAAUGUUUUAUCAAACGAACCUUUUACCGAGUCGGAUUUUCAACGUUGGUGUCAUCAAAUGGCAGAGGACAAGCUCAGUAUGCCAUCGAAAUCAUUUAUUGAGAGAAAACUAGAUGAUCUCAAGCAGAUGACGCAGUAUGUAUUGAACGAAACAGAGGUAUCAGACAUUAUUCGUAGAAAAAAGGAGCUUUCAAGGGUUCCUUCCAAUCUCGCUGCAGAAAAAACACGCCUUCGUCAACAUCGUCAAGCCGCUAUUGCUGCCAACAACACAGAGCUCGCAAAAGAACUAGAAGAGCGACUAAAUACACUUCAGGAACUUUCCGUGGGAAAUGCGCCUCAAACAAACUUUUCGGCAAUGGAUCAGCUUGCAAAGGUUAAUGAGCGUAAUCGCCGCCGUAACCAAGCUGAGGUUCGUUUAGCUGAGAAGCGUAUGAAUGAAGAACGACGACGAUUAGCUACAUCUGUGUCAACUUCAGCUACAAGUCUGCCAUCGUUAGCUAUUGCUGAUAGUAAUUCUAAAACCUCGACGCCCUCCGUGUCUGCGUCCGGUGUUUCAACGCCUCAAACCGAUCAAAAUCUCUCAUCUAAUACUCCUUCAGCGUCUCAAUCUCAAACUGCUGUCUCUUUCAACACUACACCUAAAUUAUCUCCUUCGGAUUCUCAUAUAUCGAUCAACGAACCUGUUCCACCGCCCGCUGAUCGUGAGCCCGCCACCUUAGCUGAGAAGGAAGCUCGGCUUCGUGAGAAGGCUGUUCACGGUAUUGAUGAUUUGAUUGCUACUGUUGAUUUCGGUAUUGAUAUUAACAUUUGAGCAAUUUCAGUUAAGAUUGUAUACUUCCACUGUUUAUUGCCUGUUUUUAUGAUGAACCCACCGUUUCUUGUACAAUCCGCAUGUUGAACUCCAAAAAGCUACACUAACUUAUUUCUAUAUCGUAAUGUAAUUAUAAUUAUAGUUUGCAGUGGGCUUUCUUGAAAGAAAAAACUAAAAAUACUUGAACUACUGGAUCAGGAAGGUUCGUAGCUGGUGUAUGCACUCAACAAUUUUGCUGCUUUAGAUAAAUGUUUAACUGUAAUUUUUACGACUCAAAAUAUACUUUUUUGGAACAUUUAUUUUUUAAUUCUGAUUGCCCACAAUGAUUAUAAUGAAUACUUAUAUUAUUGUAAACUCCGUU